AUAACGUAGGUUACGACCCGUCCAAUAUCGUUCAGUAUGUCGGUAUCGCGUGGGUUCCUAGACUCUUUAUAAUACCGUGUCUUCAUUUUCUGAUUAUAGUAUAAUUUGGGACACUGAGGGCUAGAGUAGCAACGACUGCCAUCAUAACUUCAAUCCUCUCUCUUCAACGUGCACAUAUCUAUGUCACUAAUAAGUAUCAUGGACUUGAUGAGCACAUCGGAUGGGCCUUGUUGGCCGCUGGACCAUUUAAAAGGAGAUACUAGACCGGGGAAGCCGGGCAACUUUAUCUCGUCCAUUACACCGUCACCCGAAGUCAGAGAGUAUGCGGUAUCAGAGAACAAGCACGAGGAAGACGAGGAGAAGGCUCCUAGCCCCUUCCUAGCCCUCCCCAUAGAGAUCCGUCUCGAGAUCUUCAAGCACCUGCUAGUUCUACCACCAGACGCCCCUCCUCCUUCGCAGAAGACAUACUACCAGUGCGGGCAACACCGGACGCCGUCGCCGCUGCACCCGGCAAUCCUGCGCGCGAACCGGCAGCUGCACGCCGAGGCACUGCCUGUUCUAUAUCGACGCAAUACUUUCCUAGCGCACAACACAUUGUUAACGACACUUCCCCGGCUGCGCCGCGCCUACAGCCCCGUGCUCUCAGCGCACCUCGCCGGCCUUAUAACCCGUUUUUACGUGUGCGUGCGGCUGGACGCGGAGCCGGGAUAUGAUCGCGCGCAGGCGGCGAUGCAACUGAGUAACAAGGAGGAGGUUAUUCUCGACGCGUGGCAAGCCGGUACGUAGCCUGAACCCUCCUCUCCGCUAUUUUCCUCCCUUGUUCGUUUGCCUCGGGAGUUUAAACGCCUUAUUUUCUAUUUGGAAGCCGUGUACUGAAUUACCUAGCUAUUGGUUCUGACUCUUGUCUAAAUAGUGUGGCGCGGCUCGGGUCCGGACGCGUUACGCCGGUUCGAAGACGUACGGGGCGUGCGUCGUGCAAGGGUUACUGGGAGUAUCGGCGGGUUCGAGGACU